AUGGAGAUGGAAUCACCAGAAGUGGAUCUCUCAAACCAUCCAUCCGGAAUUGUUCCCACUCUCCAGAACAUCGUUUCCACCGUUAACUUAGACUGUAAACUGGACCUGAAAUCCAUAGCUUUGCAAGCCAGAAACGCUGAGUACAACCCCAAGCGUUUCUGCGCCGUGAUUAUGAGGAUCACGGAGCCCAAAACCACCGCCCUGAUCUUCGCCACCGGGAAGAUGGUCUGUACGGGCGCCAAGACCGAGGAGCAGUCGGAGCUGGCGGCCCGGAAGUACGCCAGGAUCAUUCACAAGCUUGGGUUCCCCGAUGUCAAGUUCAAGAACUUCAAGAUUCAGAACAUUGUCGGUUCCUGCGACGUGAAAUUCGCCGUCGGGAGGAAUAACCAGACUCUCAUUGGGAAGAAGAAGCAUUGA